ACCAAAGAUGGCUGCCAGCGACGGGAGUAGAGAUGGUCAGGACAGUAUACUGGAGCCGCUGUGUUUUCCAGAGCAGCCAGCCGACAGCUCCAGGGCUCCCAGUCUGCAGCGUCCCAGUGCGGAACUGCUGGUGUGUCUGUUCUGCUCCGACUCCGUCCCUCUGCAGCAGAAAGACGUCCUCCUCAAACACCUGCUGCUGGAGCACAAGAUGGUCAUCGCCGACGUCAAGCUCAUCGCAGACCUCCCAAAGUACAUGUUGUACUGGAAAGGCAGAUUCCUUGAGCAGCCUGUCACAGAUUUCUGCAGCGUGAUCAAAACAAACUCCACCGGCCCGGCUGAGAAACAAGAGGACUACUUCCUGCUGUGUGACGUUCUCCCAGAGGACCGACUCUUCCGAGAGAAACUGCAGCAGAAACGACUGGAGGAGGUGCUGGAGCAGCAGCAGAGGGAGAGAGACGACAGCAGCUUCCAUCGUCUCUGCAUGUUCUGCAGUGAGGAGUUCACAGGAAACAGGUCGUCUCUGCUGAACCACAUGGCCAGAGAACAUUCCUUCAGCAUCGGGCUGCCGGACAACAUCGUCUACUGCAACGAGUUCCUGGAUACUCUGCAGAGCAAACUGGACAAUCUGCAGUGUUUGUACUGUGAGAAGACAUUUCGAGAUAAAACCACACUUAAGGAUCACAUGAGGAAAAAAGCUCACCGUCGCAUCAACGCCAACAACCGUGAAUACGACCGCUUUUAUGUCAUCAACUAUCUGGAGUUGGGAAAAACCUGGGAGGAGGUGCAGAGUGAGGAUGACCGUGAUCUGGUAGACAAUGAGGAUGAUGAUUGGUCGGACUGGCAGGCUCAUCCAGUGUCUGCUGUGUGUCUGUUCUGUGAUCAUCAGUCAGAGACAAUGGAUCAGAUCUACACACACAUGAAGGAAGCUCAUGGCUUUGAUCUCCACAAGCUGAGGACAGAACUCAAUCUCAGGUUCUACCAGCAGGUCAAACUGGUCAACUUCAUCCGGCGGCAGAUCCACCAGAGCCGCUGCUACGGCUGCCAGGAGAAGUUCGACUCCUGUGCCAGCGUCCUGCAUCAUAUCAUGGCGGAAGGUCACGUGAUGAAGCUGCCAGACAUGUCCACCUGGGACCAACCACAGUAUUACUUCCCCACGUAUGAGAACGACGCCCUCUUGUGUACCCUAUCUGACAGCGAUGAAGACGAAGGUAACGAGACAAGUCACGGAGAGGAUGUCCCAGUAAUUGCAGAGGACAUCUCCAGCCUCAGAGCACUGAAACAGACCAGUGUCCUCAACCAGCUGCUGAAGAGCAGAAGCUCUUGCAGUUAGGACACUGGACGGACAGUUGGUUGAACUUCUUUUUGUUUUGGGACAACUCUUCCUCUCAUCAGACUGAUUGCCCUGUAUUCAGUGGGCUGUGGAAAAGACUGCAAACAUUAUAGAACUUAGACUGCACUCUGUGGAAAAGAUGAUGCAGCCCUAGCACGCACUUUAAAAGCCAUCAGACAACUUUUCAGAGGUGCGAACUCUUCAACCUUUACUUGCUACAAAUUUCCAUUCGAGCAAUAAAGAGGAAUUUAAACAUG